AUGGCGUCCUCCACAACAUCUGCUGCUGUGGGAGGCAUAGUCCCAGCACAGCUUGGUUUCCUUGCCAUCUUCAACCCGUGUCUGGGCAGUACAGACGACACAAUCGACCAUCAGAUAGUCUACUAUGCAUCGGACGCUUUGCGGCAGCCCGGGGGCAAAAAGAAGAAACGGCGCACACGUGGCCGACCAGCCGAGGACGCUCCUCCGGAGGAGCGCAACGAGCGUCUGCGCCAGAUAGGGUUGGCUCAGGGCAUGAUCAAAUUCAGCAGAGAUUUUGCCGACGGCGCAGCUCUGGAUGCCGUGGACACGGAGAAAACCCGGGUCAUCACCCAUGAACUGGAACCUGGCUGGUGGAUUCUUGCUAGCAUCAAUUUUGCAAAGAUUCCGCUUCCGCCGCGGUUACCGGUCAAAUCUUCUGCUGCUGUCGGUGAUGCUGCUGCUGCUGCUGCUGCUGCUGCUGCUGCUGCUGAGCAGGAAGACAGGUUUGAAUACUCCAGCAGAGAGCUAAAGCCAGCUUCUUUACUGUUACGAGACCUGCUCCGCGCGCACAGCAUAUUUCUGAUGCACCACGAUGCGUCGCUCGACGCGCUGUUUAUCCGCACCAAACGUACCAGAUUCGUUACCGUUCUCGGGCGAUACUGGGAUCUGUUCCUGUCCACAUGGAACGUGAUGCUCCACGGAAAUCCCCUGCGCAGCAUCUUUGAUGGCAUCAACGUUGCUGCUUCAGGCGAGUUGGGCGUCGGCGUCGGCGAAGAGGAACGCGGUAGUGGCGAGCGGGAAGUGCUGGAGGGCCUGGUCGGCAGGAUAGAGGGCCUGGUCGACCUGGUCGUCUCCAAGUUCGGCAACGAAGAAGGAGCUCAAGACCUCGCGGGAGCCAGGCACAAAAGGGAAGCCCAGUGGCUCGGAGCAGGGGAGGAGCCUGCCGCCGAGGACGGAGCCAUCUUUUUCGGCGUCGGAGCCCUGAGCAGAAAGUCCGUGAGGGAUGUGACGCAUUGGAUGGAGGAUCUGUACCAGUGGGGGGAACACGCGUACGGCGUCAUCAGCAGCCCGACGUCCACGCGCAAAGCCCGCACCAGAAGAGCAAACUCGCCUGUCGGGCGCGCGACGAAACCCGACCAGGCUGCCGCCACGCCCGUCGCAGGAGAAGGUGCAGAAGCGAAGACCGAGGCAGGGAAACGGGAGACCCAAGACGGCAAGCUCGACAAAAUGCUCGGCUACAUGAAACUGGGCUACGGCUCAUACUGGACCAUCCCGGGAACAGGCGCAAACACAACCACGGCCGCAGCCGCAACCGCAACCGCACACCCUGGCGCGAGCCGCGCACCUGCCGAGACGAAAGCGAAGCCCUCCCACGACGCAGCCGCACGCUCACCACCUUCAGCGGCACGGUCGCGACCGAGCCACCCCCCCAGACGGGCCUCCACCGACGCCCACGGCCACUACCUGAUCGGCCUCAGGGGCCCCAUCGAGGAGGGGCGCCUCGGCUCCGGCUCGUCCGGCUCGUCCGGCUCGUCCUCCUCCGAGUCAAACUCCCGCACCGUCCUCCGCACCAUCAACGUUGAGCUCCAGGGCGAGCCGUGCUCGCGGCCGGAAGCCACCGCGGCCAGGGACCUCGGCCACCCCGGCGGCAAGCUCCCCCCAUCCCAGGGAGCAGGCAGCACGCCCCUGGGCUGCACGUCGCUCCAGGGCGGCACGGCCGAGAAGGUUCGCGUGGUGGUGUACGUCAACCGCCCCUUCAUCUUCGCGUUCCUGUUCCGCCUGCACACCGACUCGCUAGCGUGGGACGCCCUGUACCGCUCCCUGCACCACCAGCUCUCCCCGCUCAAGAGACCCCUGCUCUCGUCCACGAGCUACCGCCCCGAACCGCCGGCGUCCAACGCCCCCGGAACCGGCGCCAGCAGACACCUCUCCUCUUCCCCGCCAUCCAUACACAGCCUCGUCUGGGACCCCUCCGCCCUCACGGUCCAUUCCAGCAUCCCCAACAUCCCCGAGGCCUCCGCCUCGGAGACCUGGUCGCGCGCCGAUGCCGUCAACACCCAUCUGCACCUCCUCAACAUCCACGCCGCCACGCGUCUCGCCCACGCGGACCUGGAGAGGACGCACAAGACCAACCGCGGAUGGUGGAUCGUCUGGACCCGUCAUCUCGCGGAAAGGGCCCUCCUCCAUGCCGGCGCCGCGCCACCUCACCAGUCACCACCGUCGCCUGCCGCAUCCGCCACCAGCAGCAGCAGCAGCAGCAGCGGCGGCGGCGGCGGCGGCGGAGGCACAGAUGAGACCGGCCAGGACGGAGGGACCGCGGCCCACGAGCAGGGGCAUCCCGUGGGCAAGGAGAUCUUUCUGGUCAGGCGGGCGAGCGAUCACGCCGGGCUUGGAGGCCUGUCGACAGGCCCAGGGGGGGGCAGCGCAGAAGGCGCUGGUAGGUUGGUGCAGGGCAUCGGGGUAGACACCCGGCGAUAUGUGGAGGAGCUGCUGAGUUUCCUGUAA